GGAUAAAAAUUACAGGCGUUCAAACACGCAUUCGCGCGGUAUUCCGCGUCGUGUUUUAUCUAAAGCCGGCGGCACACGAUGCUUGUGUUUCCGCUGGAUUGUUCGCCGGAUGGAAAUACUGCGUUUUUAUUGGCGCAUUGUCAUUCAUUUUUGGAAAUACACCAGCCAGAACGCAGUAUUUCAGUCCAGCAAGCGGUCCAGCACGAAAACAAGCGUCGUGCGCCGCCGGCUUAAACCGCGACGUGUAACGUGUGCGCAUGUUUAAUCGCAUACGUAAGCAAGUACCACGAGUUUCUUUAUGCUGAACUUAUCUUUUGCAGUGCAAACCUUCGCAAUAGAAUAUUGAGAUAACAGGAGCGGCGGUGCGAUCGGAGAUCAAAAAGAUCACCGAAGCUGAUAAUCGCCAUAAUUUUCGGACACGCAAAUAAUUCAACACGUUCGUUACCGCCGUAUUUAUUUGAGGAGGGAACUUCCUACGGAUCAUAUUAUAUUUAUUUCGAUUUAAUUGUGUACAAAACAAACUUAGUUUCUCGCGUGGAUAUAGAAAGAAAAAUGAUCUCUGCCGCACAUGGAACGAAUUUGUUGGAAUCGCGUAGAAAAGGUGGAAGUUUUCUAGGUUUUCUUUUUAUCGCACAAUAGAACAAAUAUAGAAAGAAAAAUGGUUGUUGCCGCAGAUGGAAUGGACGUGUUGAGCUCGCGGAGAAAAGGCGGGAGUUUCCUAGUUUUUUUCUUUUUUUUCUUUACCACACAAUAGGAGUAGGAAAAAUAUGAAAAGAGAAAUGAUCGUCGCCGCACACGGAGAAGAACGGAAGCUUGCUGAUUUCUUCUUUUUCUAUCGCACAAUAAAACAAACAAACAUCAAAGUCCGAUAUAACUCUAACCUCGACGCAUGCGACAUGAAUGAAAGAGAAAAUCCGACGAAACCUCCGAUCUUCGUGCGUUUUUCUCGCGCCGACUGAUACAUUCGAGAGAGAAAAGAAAGAAACCAAAGUAAUUUCGAGGAACGAGCAAUUUUGUACGAAGGAAAGAUGUGCGAGUGCCCGCAAGAGCGAGACGACGAAAUCGUCGGGAAGUUUGAUCUGGAAACCGUGACGAUCUUCUCGAAAUGCCCGACACCGUGUUGUCCUAUGAAAGACGAGCUCGCCGACGACGACAAUGACACCGGCUGGACGUUGAUUCACGCCGUGCGAGCCGACAGCAGCAACGGCACCACGAGCGACGAUUCUACGACGAAGUCGUCCGCGAGCAGGGGAUCCUCCAGCGAGUCAAGCAGAACGGUAUGCACGUCGACGAGCGACACUUUGCCGCGAGCGUAACAAUUGCACCGAUAAUCUCGCAGUACAGAUCCGCCUGCCCGACGGAAUGCGAUUACGCCGGCGAGGCGGAAGAUGAUCGCUCGAAAUCGUCGGCGGUAAUCUGCUUCUGCGAGACCGACGGCAGCACCGAGGAAAAACAGGACAUCGAGUACACUUUGGCCAUCGUGAAGCCGGAAGCGGUGGUCUACAGGAAGCGAAUCGAGCAUAUUAUAUGCACAGAGGGAUUCGAGAUCUGUCAGACACGCUGGCUGCAGCUCACGCCUGAACAGGUCUCGGAAUUUUACAACGAUCCCUUCGGUGAGAAGUGUUUCCCGUCUCUGGUGGCGUAUAUGUCGUCAGGACCUAUCGUGGUGUUCGUGUUGGCAAAGCUGAACGCCGUCGAGGAGUGGAAGCUGAUCAUAGGACCAAGUACGGUGACCGAAGCAAUCUUGUACUUUCCCGAUAGUAUCAGAGCGAGGUACGGUCAGAGAGGGGAAACUAUCAAGAACGUCGUGCACGGCAGCGACAGUUGCGAACAAGCCGAGAGAGAAAUACAUUUUUUCUUCCCCAACUUCAUAGUUGAACCCUUGCUGAGGGAGGAGAAGGCUGAGGAUUUCUUGUGGGAAGCCGUUAAUCCGGUUCUCGUUGAAGCUUUAAUCUUGGUAAAAGUGAUCUUUUCCUUCGGAAAUUUACCACGCGAUAUCUUGAUUCGUUCAAUUCUUUCGCUUAUUCCUGAUGACGCGAUUGAACGAAUUCCGCUUUGCAGUGUUGCAAGUCUAAACCGACCGAUCCUGUAUUGUGGUUGGCAAAUUGGCUGAUCUUGAACAACCCCAACAAGCCCAAAUUACCAGGAGAUCUCGCUUUAAUUCCGACGUGACUCCCGUCAAAUGAGCCUAUAUCGCCGACCUGUCCC